AGCUUCUGAGGUUUGGCAACUGAGGAUUAGUGGCCAUGUUGAAUGUUUGUGUUCACAGGUGAAUUACAGGGCUAUCCUAGAUUUCAGUGGAUUACCGAGGUAAUCAUGUGACAGAUCCUUCAGUUUGGGCCAUUACACUUCCUUUUACGAGUGUGGAUUAAUAAGGAAAGAAGAGAAUCUGUGCAAGCGUAUUUGCGGCGUUAAAUAUUUUAAAUAGCACCUUCCAUCAGUGGGCUCAGCCACUGCUAUGUGUGUCAAGUGAAAAUGCUUAGGUUCUCAAGUGCGUAGCCGCUUCUUUUAAUAUUCCCGGGCCUUCAGGGCAUCUGUUGUUACUCUAUAACAUGUGGGCUACUGAAGAUAAGCUGGAUGACGCUGAUCUUAAAGUGUGAGGCAAGUGCCAACAACCUGAGCUGAUGCCUGCUGCCGACACUCAGAAGCAUCUUGAGCAUCUUAUGGCCUACCCCCAACACCAGGGCAAGUCUGGCCCGCCAAGGCCUGGGCCGCACCAUGGUCCCCCGCACCAUAUUCCUCAUCCUCCACCUAGUUCUUAUGGACCUCCAGUGCCACAUGGCCCCCAUUCUGGGUAUGGUCAUGGACCUCCUAAUCAGCUUGGACCAUCCAGUCAACGAGGAGUGUCAGGCCCACAUGGCAUACCCAUACAAAAUGGGCCACAGGGCUCUGGACCACCAGUUAUCUCUGGUCAGCAUCGACCUCAAGUGGGAGCGGGACAACACGGACAACCAGGCCAGCACGGGCAUCCGGGAACUCAUGGAGUACCAAAUCAGCGUGGGUCAUCUGGUUCCAUAGGUCCCCCAGCACCACAUAAACCGCCUGGACCUCAUGGACAAUAUGUACAACAUCUGCCACAUCCAAAUAAUAUGAAUGGUCAACGAGGCCCACCUGAUGGCCCCCCAGGUGAAGUAAGACAGCCGCCUGCAUACCCAGAGCCUCCACGUUACCCAGGGCCUCAUACAUUACAUGAGGAUGUGGACAAACAUCUUUCCCAAGUUGCAACGCACAGUGGACCUCAAGUGCAAUCAAGUAAACAUUAUCCAGGACCUCUUGGACAGGGUGGAGGGGGAGGAGGGAUUGGUGGUAGUAAUAGUGGCAGUGCAGGCACAAAUAAUGGUAGUGACUUAGGAAGAUUAGAGGAAGAACUUAGUGCACUAAACAGAAAUGAAUUAUUAAGUAGGACAGCACGUGCUGAAAGUGAAAUAAGAGACCUUCAACAUAGUUUCCAUGCACAGACUGCUGAGCUACGACACCUACGUGAUACCCACCAACGGCUCACUGAUGACAAUCAGGAAUUGCGUGAUCUGUGUUGUUUCCUUGACGAUGAUCGACAGAAGGGAAGAAAGUUAGCACGCGAGUGGCAACGUUUUGGUCGCUAUACUGCUUCUGUUAUGCGGCAAGAAGUCACAGCCUACCAGAACAAACUACGGGAACUAGAUGCUAAACAACAAGAACUUAUUAAGGAUAACUUAGAAUUAAAGGAAUUGUGUUUGUAUUUGGAUGAAGAGCGUAAUAAUGCUGCAUGCAGUCACUGUGGACAUCCCCUCAUUACCCGAGAUGAUGGGGAUGGCUCUUCCUCAUCAACUAAUGCAGAUGAACCCUCUGGACCUCCACAACCCCCUACUCAGCUUCCGCCUCAGCCUUCUGCUCCUUUACCUACUGAUAUUCCUUUAACUCGAUCAUCUUCGAGAGAGAGACUGUUGGAGAACACACUUAACCACCAGAGAUCUCCUAUGAAUGGUGAGUGCCUCACCACCCAUGACAGUGGGAAAGGUAGUAAGGAUGAUGCUUACCUUGAAGUGUGGAAGAAAAAAAACUUCCAAGUACCAUAUCAAGAACAAGUAUUAUCGUAUAUAAGAUCAUUAGAAGCCCGUGUGAUGAUGCUAGAGACAGAGAAGCAGCAACUUGGAGAAGAACUCUCCAAGCUUGACCGUAUACAUCCUGAAGGAGAGGGUAUUGAAGUUGUAGACUUGCAUGUUGGAUUGCAGAACCUUUCUAAAGAAAAGUCUUUGGGAUCUCGACCUCUUCAACCACCUCCAUAUUCCCUUUCACAUCAUCUAAGAGCUGUUGGGUUAGGGCUGACAAGUAGAACUCCAUUAGGACCAGGUUCUGCUGAAAGUGAUGAUGACCUCCUUGAUGGGCCACCACCUCCAUUGGUGUCUCGUCCAACAUCUGUUGCAGCGGCUAUGAGAGUAUUAGAGGUGCAGGAACAACUUGAAGGAGCUUCACAUGCUCCUUUAGGACCUCCUCCUUCUCAAGGACCUCCUCCACAAACUCAGCAAGGCUCUGGUGCUCAUCUCACUCCACAAGAUGCAGCACUGGCUGAUGGAGAAAAGGCACUUCUCAGACAAAUGUGUAAUGUGGUGUGGAAGAAGCUAGAAGAAGUGCCAAGUCAGAACAGAUAACAAGAUAUUUGGUGCCUCUCAGGUGUAAUACCCAGCAGGUAGCUAGUAUGGAGUAAAGGACACUUA